AUGAAAGAGGAAUUAAAAUAAUUGUUAACUAAAAGUAAAUAUGAUUAAAAAACAUUAAAUGAAUUAAUUUGUUCUUUAGAAACAGUAUUUAAAUUUUAAGAAUCUAAUAAAAAAAUUAAACUUAAUUCAUUUGAGAAAGAAGUUAAAGACAACUUAAAUAAAAUUAAAGACAACUUAAUAUAGUUGUAACUAUAAUUUAAAAAGAAUGCAAGCCUAUUAUCCUAUUUUAAAUUAGAUAAAUAAACAGAAAACCUUUAAAAUUAAAUAAAAUAACAAUUAUUAGAUUUAUAGAAAUAAGUAUAAUCAUAAUAACAAUCAAUUAAUUGUGAUAUUGAUACUAUUAAUCUCGAUUAGUUUUAAGUACUUGAAUUAAAUCAUAUUAGAUCAAAAUUACAAUUUAUAUUAUACCAUCCUAAAUAUUAACCAAUAGCAAUUAUAAUAGAAUUUCUAAUUUUUGAAUCAAACUAAUAGAAUGAAUAUUAAAUGGUUAUUUAACAAGAUUAUUUAAUAUAGAAAUUUCAAUAAUAUUAUGAAAAAUAAUAAACUCACAUUCAUAAACUCAAAAACUAAGAUGAAUCAGCUUUAUUUACUUUGAAAUAUAAUUCUUCUGAAAAAUAAUUAAUCUUAUAAGUGGAAAAUAAUCCAUAUUUUAUAACAUCAAAUUUGAAUUAAUCAAAAAUUUAUUUAGAUAAGGAUAUGAUAUUGAUAUUCGAUGAUUUUCUUUAAUUAAAAGUAAAUCAAACAAACACUUAAAACAAUAAAAAGUAAUUUUUGUCAACUUUUAAUACAAACAAUGUAGACAAUUCCUAAAAAACUAUUUAAGUAAAUGGAUAUGGGUAUAUAUAAUUUGAAAUUAUUAAUUUAAAUAAUAAGAAAGUUGAAUUUUAUCUUAAGAAUUCAUAUAUAGAUUUAAGCAAACACUUACUAGGCAUAUAAGCCAUUCUAAAACAUGACGAAAAUGGUUUUACUAUAAUUCCAAAACCAAAUGGUGAUCCUUAUAAAAUACUUUAUGAUAAAAAAUUGAUAUCCUAAGAUUCAUCAGUAAAUGUUGGAAUAUAAUUAUCAAAUAAGUUUUGGAUAGAAGUUGAACUAGAUAAAUAAAAAAGUGAUUAAUUUUUGUUUGACUGA